CUCAGGCUCAGGGCAAGGUGGCUGAGGAUGUGCUUGACUGCGCCGAUGAAAGCGACGUUUUCCUGCUUAUCGUCGUCAAUGCCGCGCAAGUCGAAGACAUCCUCUUCGCGCAAGGCGCCUUGACGGGUAAGUGGCGCAGCAGAGACCAAGUCUCCCGGAUCGCGGCACUUCGACGUCACUCGGGCCACACUGACACAAGUCCUCGCACAGGACGCCACUAUCCUCGUCAUGGCAACCGUGCCGUCGUCCGAGGUGCGCCGGCUGUCUGAGCGCAUUGCCAGCAUACGCCCAGACGUCUCACUUGUCGAUUGCCCUGUGUCUGGGGCGACGCCGCGCGCAGCCACAGGCGACCUAAUGGUCUUCUGUGGAGGGCUCGACGAAUCACGGUCCAAGCGCAAGGCGUACCGCGUCCUCCGCCUCCUUUCCUCGUCGCAGGGCAACGAGCACUAUCUCGUGCGCGUGCCCGGCGGCGUGGGGAGAGGAUCGGCCGUCAAGCUCUCCAACCAGCACUUGGCUGGGACGCACAUCUCGUGCGUCGCCGAGAUCCAAGCGCUCGUGGCCAAGCUGGGCAUGCCGGGACGCGCAGCGCACCGCCUGCUCAUGAGCGGCCCUGGGUGGUGUUGGGUGCUCGGACACCGCGGAGUAAGCAUGCUCAACGGACUCAUUCGCCCUCCGACGUCUGCCGUGUCCAUCUUCGUGAAGGACAUGGGUAUCGUCGUAGCUGAGGCUGGUGUGCUCAUAGUGCGCUGCCCAUUGGCGGCGCUGGUGCAGCAGCAGUACGUGUUCGCGAAGAGUCUGGGGUGGGGAAAUGAUGACGACUCGGGACUUGUGAGGGUGUGGAAGUUUGCAGAGAUAGAUGUUGCGACGCGGGAGUAGGGAGUGGACAUGGACUUUGAUCUUGCAUGCAGCCGCGUCC